UUCCAGCAGAGCUCCGACAACUCAUUUCCUCUCGAUUCGCCGCGGAAUGAGGGCAGAAAACGGCGCUAUGAGGCCCGAGAGGAGAGCCAGGUGACAGAAUGCCGUUCAUUAUAAGGGGAAGACCCCUGAGGGGGGCCCAGUAUGCCAGCAACAAGAAAGCUGCUCCUGCUGGUGAUGCCUCGGCGCCCUGGUCAGAAUGCCACAACCGCCUGCACCAGAUCCACCAAUCAGAACCCUCACAGGCCCCAGCCAGCACCGGCAAACCUGUCGGGCCUGCUUUCGGCCUCAUUGGGCCCAACAGCGGUCAGGGUCCCGGCAGCACCGGCGGUACCGUCGUCAGCCCGGUUCUUGCCUGGCACGCUGCCAUCAACGCUGCCCGCCAAGCCCAGGGCGACGCUGACAAGCCCAGUAUGAGCGCGCGGCAGUCGAUCUCCACCGGAGGAGGGGCGCCCGCGGGCUCGCUGUCGCACCGGAAGAGGCAGCAGUACGCCAAGAGCAAGAAGCAGGGAGGGUCAACCAACAGCAGGCCGCCCAGAGCUCUGUUCUGCCUCACCCUCAACAACCCCAUCCGCAGGGCCUGCAUCAGCCUGGUGGAAUGGAAACCAUUUGAUAUCUUUAUACUGCUGUCUAUAUUUGCCAACUGUGUGGCCUUAGCCAUCUACAUCCCCUUCCCUGGAGACGACUCCAACUCUACCAACCAAGAGCUGGAGACAGUAGAAUAUGCCUUCCUGAUCAUUUUCACCAUAGAGACGUUUCUGAAGAUAAUUGCCUACGGCCUGGUCAUGCAUCAAAACUCCUACGUCAGAAACGGUUGGAACAUGCUCGACUUUGUCAUCGUCAUAGUGGGGUUGUUCAGUGUGGUUCUGGAGUUGAUAACCAAAGACGCGGACUCUGGCGGCCAGUCAGGAGGCAAACCGGGGGGUUUUGACGUCAAGGCCCUCCGAGCCUUUCGAGUGCUACGACCCCUUCGCCUUGUCUCUGGAGUGCCCAGUUUACAGGUGGUUUUAAACUCCAUCAUCAAAGCCAUGGUCCCCCUGCUUCACAUUGCCCUGCUGGUCCUCUUUGUCAUCAUCAUCUACGCCAUCAUCGGCCUGGAGCUCUUCAUCGGCAAGAUGCACGCCACAUGUUACGUCAUAGCAACAGGUGCUCUGUCAGAGGAGGAGCCCACGCCGUGUGCCGUGUCGGGGCACGGCCGGCACUGCCUGCUGAACGGCACCGUGUGCAGGGAGGGGUGGCACGGCCCCAACAACGGCAUCACCAACUUCGACAACUUCCUGUUCGCCAUGCUCACCGUGUUCCAGUGCAUCACCAUGGAGGGCUGGACUGACGUUCUCUACUGGAUGAACGAUGCGAUGGGCUUCGAGCUGCCGUGGGUCUACUUUGUCAGUCUGGUCAUCUUUGGAUCCUUCUUUGUUCUUAACCUGGUUUUGGGUGUGUUGAGCGGAGAGUUCUCCAAAGAGCGAGAGAAGGCCAAGGCCCGGGGAGAUUUCCAGAAGCUGCGUGAGAAGCAGCAGCUGGAAGAAGACCUGAAGGGCUACCUGGACUGGAUCACCCAGGCCGAGGACAUCGACCCCGAGAACGACGAGGAGGGAGACGAGGAGGGCAAGCGCAACCGGGUCACGCUGGCUGACCUCACUGAGAAGAAGAAAGGAAAAUUUGGCUGGUUCACUCAGUCAACAGAAACACAGGCGAGCGUACCCACCAGUGAGACGGAGUCGGUGAACACAGACAACCACAACGGAGACGAAGACAAAUCGCCCUGCUGUGGCCCGCUGUGUCGUCAGUGGCGGCGGUGGAACCGUUUCUGCCGCAGGAAGUGCCGAGCGGCGGUGAAGUCGGUGACGUUCUAUUGGCUGGUCAUCAUCCUGGUGUUCCUCAACACGCUCACCAUCUCGUCGGAGCACUACAACCAGCCCGACUGGCUCACCGAAGUCCAGGAUGUUGCCAACAAAGUUCUCCUGGCGAUGUUCACGCUGGAGAUGCUGGUGAAGAUGUACAGCCUGGGUUUGCAGGCCUACUUUGUGUCCCUGUUCAACCGCUUCGACUGCUUCGUGGUGUGCGGCGGCAUCAUAGAGACCAUCCUGGUGGAGCUGGCCAUCAUGUCUCCACUGGGCAUCUCCGUUUUCCGCUGCGUCCGCCUCCUCAGGAUCUUCAAAGUCACACGUCACUGGGCGUCUCUCAGUAAUCUGGUGGCCUCUCUGCUCAACUCCAUGAAGUCCAUCGCCUCCCUGCUGCUCCUGCUCUUCCUCUUCAUCAUCAUCUUCUCCCUGCUCGGCAUGCAGCUCUUUGGGGGCAAGUUCAACUUUGAUGAGACCGUGACCAAGAGGAGCACCUUUGAUAACUUCCCUCAGGCCCUGCUCACUGUGUUCCAGAUCCUGACAGGUGAAGACUGGAACACCGUGAUGUAUGAUGGUAUCAUGGCGUACGGCGGCCCGGCCUCCUCUGGCAUGAUGGUCUGCAUUUACUUCAUCAUCCUUUUCAUCUGCGGAAACUACAUCCUCCUGAACGUCUUCUUGGCCAUCGCCGUCGACAACCUGGCAGAUGCAGAGAGCCUCAACACAGCGCAGAAGGAGGAAGAGGAGGCCAAGAAGAGGAAGAACAGUGCCAAGGAUGCAAUCACAGAUAAGAAGAAGGGCGAUGAGAAAGCAGAAGGCAAAGAUGGAGAGGCCAAGGUGCCGGUGGAGGACGAGCUGGACGGUGACAAAGAUCCGUAUCCCACCAUCGACUCACCAGGAGCUUGUGAUGAUGAUGAUGACGAGGACCUGCCGGAGGUCCCGUCUGGGCCCCGCCCCCAGAGACUGUCUGAGCUCACCAUCAAGGAGAAGACUCCGCCCAUUCCCGAGGGGAGCGCCUUCUUCAUCUUCAGCAGCACGAACCCGUUUCGUGUUUUCUGCCACAAGCUGAUCAACCAUCAGAUCUUCACCAACCUCAUCCUGGUCUUCAUCAUGCUCAGCUCCGUCUCUCUGGCCGCAGAGGACCCCAUACGUAACUUCUCCGCUCGCAAUAUUAUACUUGGUUAUUUUGACUAUGCUUUCACCGCAAUCUUUACUGUUGAGAUCCUGCUGAAGAUGACAGCGUUUGGAGCGUUCCUCCAUAAAGGGGCUUUCUGUAGAAACUACUUCAACCUCCUCGACCUGCUGGUUGUCGGAGUGUCUCUGGUGUCCUUCGGCAUUCAGUCUUCUGCCAUCUCGGUGGUGAAGAUCCUUCGUGUUUUGAGAGUCCUCCGUCCCCUCAGGGCCAUCAACAGAGCCAAGGGACUCAAGCACGUCGUUCAGUGUGUGUUUGUGGCCAUAAGGACCAUCGGCAACAUCAUGAUCGUCACCACGCUGCUCCAGUUCAUGUUCGCCUGCAUCGGAGUGCAGCUCUUCAAGGGGAAAUUUUAUCGCUGCACAGAUGAGGCAAAGUCCAGCCCGGAGGAAUGCAAAGGCACCUACAUUCUCUACAGCAACGGGGACACGGCGCUGCCCAUGGUGAAGGAGAGGAUCUGGUACAACAGCGACUUCAACUUCGACAACGUCCUCAUGGCCAUGAUGGCUCUCUUCACCGUCUCCACCUUCGAAGGAUGGCCGGCUCUGCUGUACAAAGCCAUCGACUCCAACAGAGAGAACAUGGGUCCCAUCUACAACUACCGCGUCGAGAUCUCCAUCUUCUUCAUCAUCUACAUCAUCAUCAUCGCCUUCUUCAUGAUGAACAUCUUUGUCGGUUUUGUGAUCGUCACCUUCCAGGAGCAAGGAGAGAAGGAAUACAAGAACUGUGAGCUGGACAAGAAUCAGCGUCAGUGUGUGGAGUAUGCACUUAAAGCCCGUCCUCUGCGGCGCUACAUCCCCAAAAACCCCUACCAGUACAAGUUCUGGUACGUGGUCAACUCCACGGGCUUCGAGUACGUCAUGUUUGUCCUCAUCAUCCUCAACACGCUCUGCCUGGCCAUACAGCACUAUGGUCAGUCCCAGCUGUUUAACUAUGCCAUGGAUAUCCUCAACAUGGUGUUCACUGGGGUUUUCACUGUGGAGAUGAUUCUCAAACUCGUCGCCUUCAAACCCAGGCACUAUUUUGCUGAUGCAUGGAACACGUUUGAUGCCUUAAUUGUUGUGGGUAGCGUGGUUGACAUUGCCAUCACUGAGAUCAAUAACACAGAGGACAGCGCUCGCAUCUCCAUCACCUUCUUCCGCCUGUUCAGAGUGAUGCGAUUGGUCAAACUCCUGAGCAGGGGGGAGGGCAUCCGCACGCUGCUGUGGACCUUCAUCAAGUCUUUCCAGGCUCUUCCCUAUGUUGCACUUCUGAUAGCCAUGCUGUUCUUCAUCUAUGCUGUAAUCGGAAUGCAGGUGUUUGGGAAAAUAGCCAUGGUGGAUGGAACGCAAAUCAAUCGCAACAACAACUUCCAAACCUUUCCACAAGCUGUCCUGAUGCUCUUCAGGUGUGCCACAGGGGAGGCCUGGCAGGAGAUCAUGCUGGCCUGUCUGCCGGGGAAGCUGUGUGACUCCGAGUCGGACUACAACCCCGGAGAGGAGAGGACCUGCGGCAGCGGCUUCGCCAUCAUCUACUUCAUCAGCUUCUACAUGCUCUGCGCCUUCCUGAUCAUCAACCUCUUUGUAGCUGUCAUCAUGGACAACUUUGACUACCUGACACGUGAUUGGUCCAUUCUGGGGCCGCAUCAUCUGGACGAGUUUAAAAGAAUCUGGUCUGAAUACGACCCUGAAGCCAAGGGCAGGAUAAAGCACCUUGAUGUGGUGACUCUGCUGAGGAGGAUCCAGCCGCCGCUGGGCUUCGGCAAACUCUGUCCCCACAGAGUGGCCUGCAAGCGUCUGGUGGCGAUGAACAUGCCGCUCAACAGCGAUGGGACAGUCAUGUUUAACGCCACGCUGUUCGCCCUGGUCCGCACCGCUCUCAAGAUAAAGACGGAGGGCAACCUGGAGCAAGCCAAUGAGGAGCUGAGAGCUGUGAUCAAGAAGAUCUGGAAGAGGACCAGCAUGAAGCUGCUGGACCAAGUGGUGCCCCCUGCAGGCGAUGACGAGGUAACGGUGGGGAAGUUCUAUGCCACCUUCCUGAUACAGGACUACUUCAGGAAGUUCAAGAAGCGCAAAGAGCAAGGUCAAUUGGGAAGGCACUCAUGGGAGGGGAUUAACACCACCAUGGCUCUGCAGGCCGGCCUGCGCACGCUGCAUGACAUAGGUCCAGAGAUCCGUCGCGUCAUAUCAUGCGACCUGCAGGAGGAGGGGCUGGUGGACGUUAACGGAGAAGAGGAAGAGGAAAUAUACAGGCGUAACGGCGGUCUGUUUGGCAACCACAUCAACCAUGUCAAUGGAGACCAGCGAGGCUCCUCCCACCCGACCACAGUCACCCAGCGGCCGCUACAGAUCCUGCCAUCCUCCUGCAGUGCCUCAGUUGAGCCCACCCUCACUGGCAGAGGAGUCAGUGACAGCGAAAGGGGAGGGGAGACGGAAAGGAACUGCUCGCCCAUCCAGUUCAGCAAUCAUUAUCACCCCCCUCACCCAUAUAACUACCCUCACUCUAAUUCCACCUAUCAUCAGUCGCCAGUGCCCUCCAAUGCCAACCUCAACAAUGCCAAUGUGCCCUCGGUGCUCUCCAUGACCAGUGGGAGACAGUGGAAGUGGUCGUUACGGCGAGAGCAGUCGAGCCCCGCCAAGAAAGGGGCGCCGGCGUCUUCAAACGCGUCCCAUCACAGCAAAGGAGAGCAUGACCGGCCUUGGAGGUCGCACUCCAUACGGACACGCUACUAUGAGGCCUACAUUAGGUCAGAAACAGGGGGCGGUCUCUACACCACCAUUCGCCGAGAGGAGCCCGGGGGCCGGGACAGUGAUGAGGAGCGGGGCUCAGGAGAAUACUACAGCGGGGAGGAGUUUCACGAGGAUGACAUCAUGCUCACGAGAGACAGGUUGUCCAAUAAUGAAUGCCAGAAGGAUCCUGAAGGAGACUUUGACUUCGAAGCCUCCAGGGGUGGCCAGGCUGAUGGUUUCUAUGACGACGACCAACAGCCCAUCUGCCAAGACAGCAGGAGGUCACCUCGGAGACUGUUCAUACCCUCACCACAAGCCUCCAGCAGACCAACCUUCAGUUUCGAGUGUCUUCGUAGACGGAGCAGCCAAGACGACGCUCCCCCUUCUCCUUCCUGCACAGCACUUCCUCUGCACCUGAUGCAGCAACAGGUAAUGGCAGUGGCAGGUUUUGAUGCCAGUAGAAUUCAUCGUUUGUCUCCAACACGGUCGCUGCGCUCCUGGGCGACACCGCCUGCUUCUCCCAUCGGCCGUGACAGCUCACCCACCUACACACCCCUGAUACAGGUGGACUGGCGUAGUCCCGGCAGUGUCAGCAGUAUCCCAGGCGCAGUGAAGAAGAGUUCCUGGUACACAGACACCCAGGACGUCACUUCCAACCGCAGCUCCUCCCCCUCCCACCUGCAGCUCCCCGCCGAGAGCCGCUCACACCUCCUGCAGAAGAGAGGCAGCGCCAACAGCCUGGUGGAGGCCGUGUUGAUUUCUGAAGGCCUGGGGAAAUACGCCAAGGACCCAAAAUUUGUGACGGCCACCAAACACGAGAUCGCAGACGCCUGCAAGAUGACCAUCGAUGAGAUGGAGAGUGCCGCCAGCAACCUGCUGAAUGGGACUAUGGGUAAUGGCGGCACGGGGGCCACAGGGAACAUCAGCCCAGACGCAAUCAGGGCCCGCAGCAUCCGCGACUACAGCGAUGAGGAGCCGGAUGUUGUGGUGAAACCCGAGGAGGACUUAACGGAUGAGAUGAUAUGCAUCACAACACUAUAGCAGUGGCUCACUUGGGAACAUUUAGGUUUUUUUUAAAAAACUGAAUUUAUUCCAUUAUUCCACAUUGGAGGGAUGUCUCUGUUACAAGUGCGCCCUGCAAUAGACAGAAAACGUAACAGAUGGAUGGAUAAGAGAACAAAAAGUGCCUUCUCUUUUUAUGGAAUGGACAGAGAGGAAAAAGACAGAUGGCGGCAUGGAUAAACCUUAUGGAUGGACGGCUGGAAGAAUAGCUGAACUGAUGGAAAGACUGAGAUAAAUUCUAUGGAUAUUGAUCACUGAGGAAUAUAAUCUACCUACCUGCCUGCCUGUCAUUUAAGACAGAUUCAGGGCAUUUUCCUUGAAAGCUGUUUUGUAUUUCCCUCAUUCAUGGUUGGCUGAUACAGCAGAUGAGCCUAAAGUGAGACCCACUGGCCAAAUUCAUCCACGUUUUUGUCCAUUCCAUCGUUCCAGUCUAAAAGUUUCUGUAUUUGGUCGGUUUUGACCUAAUUUCAUUACAUUUGACGUUUAAUGGUUUAAUAACAAUCAGCUUGAUGGUACAAGAAGCUAAUGUUUAUGUUUUUUUGUCUGCUGCCCAUUUUUCAUGUUGCAUUUUGACGUACAGAAACCCCAAGAAACAAUGUUUUCAAGAAAGGUUUAAUUUAUGGUAGUUUUUGUUCUCGUGGGAAUCUUAAGCUCGCAAACUGAGUUACAACACAGGUGAGGCAGGUGAGGACUGGCCUGCUCUGGGCUCACGGGCCGGCUCAGGUGUUUGGGGUUAAAUGUUAUUCCUCUCAGAACUUGACUUAAAAAGAGAUGGAAACCACAUAUCAGUGAAAUAAGACCUCAGGCAUAUCGCCCCAUGCACACACACACACACGCACACUGAUCUGACUCGUCCUCCCCCCCGUCCUCCCGUCUGCCUUACCCUGCACCCUGGAUACUGUAAUCCUACAUUUUGAUUGGAUUUAUGUACUGACUUUAAACACACCACACAUUUAUGAUAUUUGGUGUUGCAAUCCAGUUAUUUUUUUCCGCUGUGAUCCUCAACUUUCUUCAAACCUGUGACACACAACUAAUCACUGAAGCAGAGCAGUGGAGGUCACCGCAGCGUUACGCACUACUGCCAAGGGCUUCCGGGCCCGAAUUAAGAAAUUAUUUUAACUAAACUAACUUUGUCAUGAAGUGAAACAAGACACACUGCCACUGCUGUGAAUUUAGAUUUAAAUGUUGAUCAUAUAGCAGUUUUAGAUUACUGUGUUACAUAGACAGUGCACAUACAGCACUGUGGUACAUGAAUUCACCCCUCCAGUCUGCUUUUAUUAAACUAUUGCUUGGGAUUCAGGGUGAGUCAGGGUGGUGCAGCCACACAUGAGUAAGAUAUUUUAGUCAAGUCUGGCUCCUAUGAGUAUAGAAUACACUUCUCCUGAAUAAAAAAAAACAAUAACAUCCUGUGAUACUAUCUAACAUCUGAAACAAUAGCAGCCAAAAUUCAUCAGGCGCUGUGUUGUGUCUGGCCUGAGUCAUUAGUAAUGUUUCACCCGUACUGACUGAGCCUUUUGACUGCACUGCCACCACAGCCAGAGAGACUCCCACACUCUCAGGCCACCUGUGAUCCCAGGUGAGUCAGAUUUGGUGUUUUUCAUACGCUGAACCAGCGGUGAAUGGAUACUGGCUCAGUGUCUCCCAAGCACCUCAACAUGAUAAGUAUCUUUGCUUCACGAUUAAUCAGUGGACUAAGAUGAGUUUCAUGAUCUGUCAGCACUAAGGUUGCAAAGGUUUAGCAAAAAUGAGCUCUUCACUACCUUGUGUAUAUAUUUAAAACACCACAACAGAAAGGGAGAUAAUAUAUUUUUUGAAUUUCUUGACUUGAUAAAGAUACAUAAUUACAGCCAGGUGUACAUAGUCUUUAGUUGGGAUGAAGCGGCUGAUGUUAGGUGUUGCCUUGUUUUCUCUUUAGGAUUUUUUUUUUUUUUUUUCAAACUCUAUAGUUUGAAUAGAAUCAAUGAAAAGGUUGCUUGUGCACACAAUGUCCAAAACACCUGCUGUCUGUCAAGUGAGCAUUGAAGUGCACGUUCCAAACUCGGCUCGUACGGUUCACACACUGGAGAGAAAAACAAGAUUUCUCACCCACAAUUCUGUGUAACACAACGGUCUGCAUAGUCACUUUCCCAUGAAACUGUUUUUUGUCUGCCACUGCUACCUGGAAAAAAAACAUGUCUUCAGGUUACCUAUGGAAAAAAACAACAACUUUAUUUUACAGGCAACACUGGGCGAUGACAGGGCAAUGUUGUGGUAACUCACUGUGCUUUUUUUUUUUUUUUUCUGUGCAAUUAAAGGGCUCCUUCAAAUAAGAACCAAAUCAAGGGAUCAUCGAGUGCAUUUACAUAGGCAUUAAUAUUCCAGAUAGUGAAAUUUUCCACUUAAAACCCAAUGCUGGAAAAACACCGUUUCCUCUCUACGGUAAUGAUUAGAGAUGAAGUGAAAGGAAAAAUGAGACACGAGUGAGUAAGCUGCUUUGCAUUGUACUUCUCAUCAAUAUUCUGUUUCAUCAUUUAUACAUCUCAUCCCUUAUGGCUAACACCAUAAUAUGAGCUCACAUCUGGAAUAUUCUUUGCAUGUAAAUGGACUCAUAAAUGCUUCUCUCUAGAGGAUUCAUACAUACACCGGUUUUGGUGGCCAACAAAGCUGAUAAAUACAUUGAAUUAUGCAGUUUCUGAUCACAUGUAUAUUGUGUUCCAUGAAGACUUUAGGGACUCUCAGCGUUGAUACCUCUGUAACUAUCCAGGUGUAUUGGUAAACUUGUCAGGGAACCGUGUGGCAAAGGCUGCAUUUACACAAGAGCAAAAAAAAAAC